AAAAGGAAAUGCCUCUUUAAAAAUAGCAGCAGUAAGGCCAAAGGAUAAAGGCUGGUACAUGUGCUUAGUGAGCAACAACAAGGGGACAGAAAGAGCCCUAUUAGAAGUGACCUAUGGAGCUCUUUACUCCGAGGUUGAGCAUUCAUGUGAACACACAAACAGUGACAGUUCAUUUUGAGACAGAGGGAUUCCCUAAACCUGAGGUGAGCUGGCAAGGAGAACAAGGUCAGAACCUCAGUCAUCACCUGGAGCUCUAUGAUCAUCCAGAAGAUGGACUUUAUUCCAUGAAGAGCAGCUAUGAGGUCCAGAAACCAGUGGUUAAUGUUACAUUUACGCUAAAGAACCACCUUCUCAGCCAGAUCCUUCAUAGAUCUGUGAUCAUCAGCUACGGCGAGGUGUUUUGUCUGUUGUUAGUCGCGAUCUUGUGGGGAGGCACAAACCCAUUCUUGAAAAAAGGCACUGAGGGAAUUGAACAGGUACAGAGGGGAAGCAAGUUCCUUCAGUUUCUGGGAGAAGUCAAAUUCCUGUUUCUCAACCUCAAGUAUCUGGUGCCAUUCCUGUUGAACCAAAGUGGAUCAUUAGUGUUUUAUUUCACUCUUGCUUCUACAGAUCUGUCUCUGGCCGUGCCUGUGGUGAACUCCCUCACGUUUCUGUUCACACUGCUAAUGGGUAAAUUGCUGGGAGAAGAGUUUGGAGGAAAGAGAGCUGUGCUUGGUAUGUUACUCAUCAUGUCUGGAGUGACUGUGUGUGUGCUGAGUUCUGUGUCCGAGACAGACAGCAUGAGCUCCACAACAUAAUUGACAACUAAAACAUGCUGCUGGACUGGACAGUGAAUGUGGAGAAAGCUGGGCUUAAACUCCGGAUCCGGCCAUAUUUUUACACACAGUGGCUAACAAACACAUCUAUGCUGCUGCAUUUUCAAUAUGUGCCCUGAACUCGUGGCCUAAGAAGGAAAAUAGGUUGCUUUAAGGAGACUUUGCAGAUGUACUUAUAAUUAUUUAAAUAUAUAUAUAUAUAUAUAUAUUUUACUAAUGUUUUGCACUUUAAUUGCUUUUACCACAGACUGUGAAGUGUCACUUUUAAGUGUAUGUGGAUUGUGGAACCUACAAAAUACUUAUUCAUAUUGGAUUAUUAAAGGGAUAGUUCACCCAAAAAUGAAUUCAUGUUCUUCAUACAUAUGCCCCCUACUAGGCAGGGAGAAGAAUUUCUAGCAAAAAUUUACUUACAUAUUGAUCUGUUUCUCAUCAACACCUAUUAUGCCACUUCUGAAGAUAUGGAUUUAACCACUGGAGUUUUAUGGAUUUCUUUUAUGCUGUCUUUGUGAUUUUCAGAGCUUCUAAAUUUUGGCACCAUUCGCUUUACAGAGCUGAAAUAUUCUUUUAAAAAUCUUUGUGUUCAGAAGAAGAAAGUCAUACACAUCUGGGAUGGUAUGAGGGAGAGUAUAUUUUUGGGUGAACUAUUCCUUUAAGUGAAUUUAAGAAGAAUGAGUGUUAAUAAUGCAUUUAAUUAAAUACUUUUAUUUUAAAUAUCAUUUACAUUCAGGAGGUCAUAUUUUGUUAAACUGAAGUAAUAAUAAAAUAUCCUAUCUGUGAGUUUCUGCAUGUGAUAAUAAUUGUUACUACUAUGCAGGUUGUAACCUGAUUUUAUCUGCAAUUUAUCACCAAAAUGUUAAAAAAAAAAAAAAACCCGCCAAUUUUCAUGUUCAGAGCAUGUGUGUAGGAGGGGAGAGUUGUCUCUUAAGGUCCUGCAUCAUAUCCAGCCUGGAUAGGUUACUAAGGAACCCCGUCUGUCUGUUCCUCAUGGGAACCCCCAGUCUGAUAAACACAUACAAAGAGUACACAGUGUUUAGAUGGUUAAUAUUGACAUGCAUGCCACAGAAAAUAAAAAUAUACAAGUAUGAUAGGGCAGCAACAUCUAAUUUCUCCUAUCUGUGACAUUCCAAUAUUGGACAAUAAAGUAAUAUCAGUUAUUAUCACUAUAGCUGACAAAAUAUUGAUGUCAAUGCAACAAAUUGUCAGAAAAAACAUAGGACUGAGAAAGUUAGAGUUGUGUCUUCAUUGAUUGACAGUGUGUGUUAACAAAAUCCUCAAGGUUUAACUGCUAUCUCACCAGACCUGUGAUGCAAAUUGCAUUACUGUAAGAGGGAAAGCAAUUUUCUACAUACAGUAGUAUCAUUUUCAAUGGAUUAUACACUAUCAGGUUUCUUGCUGUGUGUCCUCAGUGACCUUGGGUGGUGGUGGUGGUGAUGAUGAUGAAGAUCUGGAAUGUUGUAUGACUGACUCCUAAUUGGAAAUAAAACAAAAGACCCUCAGAUUACAAAUGCUUUUGCUAUUAUAUAUGCCAAACCGUUUAUAAAAAGCAUGAUUUGAUUAGAUAAUGCUAUAAUUCAUUCUGAGCUGCUUCUGUCACUGAAAACACAAAUUGUAACAUAGAACUACAAUAAAUGGGAAAAAAAAAAAGGCAAUAUUGAAUGCAUCGU